AUGAACUCGGAACGAACAAGAUUCGAAGAAGUUAAAGUUGAAGUAGAGAAGAACAUAGGUUGGUGGAUAACACAACAGUUAAAUCACUUGCAGCUACUUCCAUCAACAUUAGCUAGACUCUCAUUAAAGCGCAAGCUCAUCAAUGCAGAGGAAGCAACACGAAAGAUCCAAACAUUGGGGAGAGGCGUCAGAUCAAAGGCACUGGAAAGGAAGAGCUUUGGAAGGAGCAAUGACGAGUACCUCCUCCAUGUUUGGGGCACAAAAGCGAAGAAGAAGAUGAAAAUUAAGAAUACCGAGAAAUCAGGGUGA